CACGUGGCUUGUUUUGAGAGAUGGGGCACCGGUAGGGAUAUGGAAUGGGGAGCAGCAGAUUUGGAUUUCACGUUUUCUUAUUAGGAAAACAGAGUACGUUGGUGAAACAGAUUGAACAGAGAGGAUUCUGCAUUUAUAAACAGAAACAGAGGGAGAGCGAGAGACAGCUUUUUAGUGGCGGAUGAUACGUCGUCACUGAAAGUGUUGGCUAAGGUCUUGGUUUAAGCCAAGAUUUGAUUAGUUAUGGCUGCCUCUUCUUCUCUUCUCUUUACACUGCUUUUGGUUCUUCUCACUUUCUCAGAUUCAUCAGUACAAACCCUUGGUCUUGAAGUUGGAAUCAACUAUGGCCAAAUUGCAAACAAUCUUCCAUCUCCAGCCCGUGUCUCAUACCUCCUCAGAUCCCUCAAUAUCAGCAGAGUUAAACUCUAUGAUGCAGAUCCAAAUGUUCUUCUUGCUUUUGCCAACACAAAUGUUGAAUUCAUUAUUGGAUUAGGGAAUGAGUACCUUCAAAACAUGACUGAUCCUAUAAAAGCCCAAAACUGGAUUCAACAGCGAGUUCAACCCUACCUUACACGCACCAAGAUCACUUGCAUCACUGUGGGGAAUGAGGUCUACAAAACCUAUGAUCAUCUGCUAUGGUCUAAUCUCCUUCCAGCAAUGCAAACAGUUUAUAAUACCCUUGUUAAUCUUGGCCUUGAUAAACAAGUAACCGUUACUACCGCGCAUUCGCUCGAUAUCUUAAGCGUGUCGUUCCCUCCUUCGGCCGGGGCUUUUAGACAAGAUCUCGGAGAAUAUCUACAUGGUAUUUUGAACUUUCAUGCUCAGGUCAAGUCGCCAUUCUUGAUCAAUGCGUAUCCGUAUUUCGCCUACAAGGAUAAACCAAAUGAGGUGCCAUUAAACUAUGUGCUUUUCCAACCGAACCAAGGGACAAUGGAUCCAAAUACCAAUCUGAAAUAUGAUAAUAUGCUGUUUGCUCAAAUUGAUGCUGUUUAUUCAGCUAUCAAAGCAAUGGGGCAUACGGAUAUUGAAGUCCGGAUUUCCGAGACAGGUUGGCCUUCCAGAGGGGAUGAAAAUGAAGUAGGAGCUACACCAGAGAAUGCUGGGUUGUACAACGGUAAUUUAUUAAGAAGGAUAGAAGAGAAACAAGGCACACCGGCGAAACCCAAUGUCCCAAUUGACAUAUAUGUUUUUGCUCUUUUCAAUGAGAAUCAAAAGCCUGGUCCAACAUCAGAGAGGAACUAUGGCCUCUUCUAUCCUGAUGGUACCCCAGUUUAUAACAUUGGAGUUCAGGGUUAUCUUCCUGAGUUGAUAUAUUCAUCAGCUAGUACAAAUAAUGGAUUCUUUAUCUGCAGUCUUCUGGUCUUGGCUAUAGCAUACUUAAUCUCCUCUUGAAAAGAUGUGAAUUUGGCUAGUUAAUAGGGUAUCCCUAAGGGAAAACAGUAUUGCUGGUGGUAAUUCAAAUUACAGAGAAGAUGAAACUUUCAGCAGGGGACGAGUAAUUUCCAGGAGACUAUUGCCGAGACAGUGAAAAUCACUAACAGUUGAUAGUUGAAUUUAAGUCAAAUAUAUUUAGAUUCUUUAACAAAAAUUCUUAAUAAAAAAAAGGUUUUGAUGUUGUUGUCUACACUACAGUGGUUGGAAAUAUUGUUGUAUACCAAAAUAGAUUGUAUUUAGUAUUGUUAUAUAAGCAACAUUAAGAACUUUAUUGUCUUCACUUAAUCUGAUACUUUUUUUUUAUUUCACUUUGUACAUUAGUAAUUAAAAAUUUCUAAUUUAUGUACUUAAUGGAGAGUGAGUUAAAGUUCACAA